AUGACCUGGAGGAAUGUAAUCACGGAGACAUCCCAAACCGUUGUCAUUCCUCUCCUGAACCAGGAGCGGGACAAGGCCAUCACUGUCUUACUGGUGGGCUGUAAUCCACUAUCUGAUCAGGAUGAACUGCAUCUCAACAUGCUGGAGAAACACGCCUCAGUGGCGUGUGCGCGAGUCCAGGCCAUUCAUAAGUCCCACCAGAAGCCUCCCCUCAGCCCCUCUCUGUUACAGUCCCACAAUGCACUGCUGCACCUCAGCGUCUCAGACCAAGACUACAGCGAACUGGACCGCAACAUUCUCCAACUCUGUGGUGAGCUCUUUGACCUUGAUGCAGCCUCACUCCAGCUCAAAGUCAUCAAUUAUCUCCAGGAGAAGACUCAGUCGCAGUGUUCUUGUUUGCUACUGGUGUCCGAGGACAACCACCAGCUUUUCUGCCAGGUUGUUGGAGACAAAGUCCUGGAGGAGGAGAUCAGCUUCCCGCUGAUGUUUGGACGCUUUGGUCAGGUUGUCGAGAAGAAGAAGUCCAUCACUCUUCAGGACAUCAGUGCCGAGGAGCGGAGGCAGCUGUCCAGCAUGUUGGGCUGUGAUAUCUCCUCCAUGCUUUGUGUCCCUGUGGUCAGCAGGGCGACUGGUCAGGUGGUGGCGUUAGCGUGCGCCUUCAACAAGCAGAAUGGGCAAAGACACACAGAGGCAGAUGAGCAUGCGAUCCAGCACUGUUUCUGCUACACUUCAACGGUCCUCACUUCAACUUUGGCCUUCCAGAAAGAACAGAAGCUCAAAGUGGACUGCCAGGCACUCUUACAAGUGGCCAAAAAUCUCUUCACACACUUGGAUGAUGUGUCAGUGCUGUUACAGGAAAUUGUAGCGGAGGCCAGGAACCUCAGUGAUGCCGAAAUCUGUUCUGUGUUCCUUCUGGACCGAGUCAGUCAUGAGUUGGUGGCUAAGGUGUUUGACGGAGGCGUGGUCAGUGAUGAGGAGCGAGAGCACACGUGA